CGUGGGCCUGGACUGCUUGGGCAAGGGGGCGGCCUACGCCUGCUGGUCCCCGGCAAGUGCUUGGCCUCGAAGGUUGUGCUUGGGCCUGGGGUUCUGUUUGGAAGCUGCAGGCAAUGAGUCUCUGCCUUGGGGACCACGCUAGGCCUGCCCUCAGGGAGCUCCCCGUCUCUGUGUUCGUUGUGUCCGGAACCUGACGCAUUUUUUGCAAAUUUCUGCCAAAUGCAAAAAAAAAAAGGGGGGGAGGUGUGGCACCCAAGCCGAUUUCUGCCGAAGUGUGUUUACCUCCGGUAAAGACCCGUUCUGGGUGUAAGUAGGGAUUCUUCCAAACACAUGAACGCUGCAAAUGUUUUUAGGAAAGCAGAUGGAAAUAUUGUGAAAACUUAAAAUACUGGAACUCUGAAACCAAGGACUACACAAUGAACAAACUUUCAGUGGCUUUAUAGGAAAAAGAAAAGGAUAUAUGUGUAGGGAAGACAACACCUCAUCAGGAAAGAGCUGAUCAAAAUGUCUCUGUCAAGUCGACAAAUGGCUAUUGUCAACCCCCCUCCACCAGAAUACAUAAAUGCCAAAAAGAAUGGCCGACUCACGAAUCAGCUGCAGUACCUGCAGAAGGUGGUCCUGAAGGCGCUGUGGAGGCACAGCUUCUCCUGGCCCUUCCAGCAGCCUGUGGAUGCUGCCAAGCUCAAACUCCCAGACUAUUAUAGCAUCAUUAAGAAGCCAAUGGAUUUGAGUACAAUUAAAAAGCGUUUGGAACAUAAAUACUAUGUGAAAUCAUCAGAAUGUGUAGAAGACCUGAAAACAAUGUUCACCAAUUGUUAUUUAUAUAACAAGCCAGGUGAUGACAUUGUUCUUAUGGCACAAGCCUUAGAGAAAUUGUUUAUGCAAAAAAUGUCUCAGAUGCCUUCAGAAGAACAAGUAAUAGGCGGAAAGGAAAGAAAAAGAAAAGGUACUCAGCCAUCUUCAGGAGUUUCUACUAUUAAAGAAAAACCAUCCCCCAAGGCUUCUGAAAUGAUAGUUAAGCAGCAAAUGAUUCCAUCUUCUGUGUGUCCACAGACAUCACUUUCUCCAUUACACAUGGCCAAAGCAGCUCCACUGAGCUGUACCACACAAGCUGUUACACAAGUUAAAAGGGGUGUGAAGAGGAAAGCAGAUACUACAACCCCUACAACUUCAAUAGUGACAGCAAGUAGUGAAUCUUCACCAACUCUAGUUGAACACAAAUCUGCUAAAAUACCACUUUUAAAAGAAAAAGUAGUGAAGAAUAUUGUACCAGAUUCUCAGCAACAAUAUAAAGUUGUGAAAAGUAUUAAAUUAACUGAGCAGUUAAAAUACUGUAAUGAGAUUCUUAAAGAAAUGUUUGCAAAGAAACAUUUAGCAUAUGCUUGGCCUUUUUACAAGCCGGUUGAUGUUACUGCUUUAGGACUCCAUAACUACUAUGAUGUAGUCAAAAGUCCAAUGGAUCUCGGAACAAUUAAAAAAAAAAUGGACAACCAAGAAUAUAAGGAUGCACAUGAAUUUGCUGCAGAUGUCCGGUUAAUGUUUAUGAAUUGCUACAAGUAUAACCCUCCAGAUCAUGAGGUUGUGACAAUGGCAAGAACCCUUCAGGAUGUUUUCGAGAUGCAGUUUGCUAAGAUCCCAGAUGAACCUAUCGAAAGAAUGCCCAUCUGUUACAUUAAAAAGGAUAUCACAAAAGCCUACUGUAGAGAAAGUAGCAGUGAUGCCUCCUCUGAAGACAACUCUUCUGAAGAGUCACCUGAUGAACGUGUCCAGCACCUGGCAAAGCUUCAGGAGCAGCUCAAAGCUGUUCAUCAACAACUACAAGUUCUGUCUCAAGUACCUUACCAUAAGUUAAAGAAAAAGAAUGAAAGAUCUAAAAGAGAGAAGAGGAAAGAAAAAAAGAAAUUUAUCAACAAAGAUGAAAGUCAGAGGAAAAAUUUUAAGCAAAUAAAACUAAAGAAAAAGCUGAAAAGCAGUCAGCCAAAAAAGGCCAAGCAACAAAUCUUGACAUAUAAAUCUGAAGAUGAAGAUAAUGCUAAACCUAUGAAUUAUGAUGAGAAAAGACAAUUAAGCUUGGAUAUAAACAAACUCCCUGGAGACAAGCUUGGGCGAGUGGUCCAUAUCAUAGAGUCAAGAGAACCAUCUUUAAGGAAUUCUAAUCCUGAUGAGAUAGAAAUCGACUUUGAAACACUGAAAGCAUCAACCCUGAGAGAACUGGAAAAAUAUGUCAUGGCCUGUCUGAGAAAAAGACCCAGAAAAUUUCACGCUAAGAAAAUAAUGAAAUCCAAAGAAGAGCUUCAUUCACAGAAAAAACAGGAGUUGGAAAAGCGGUUACUGGAUGUCAGUAACCGGUUAAAUUCUAGAAAACGCCAAACAAAAUCUGAGAAAACUCAAUUGCCCAAGGCAGCAGGAGGGGCCACUCGGCUGAGUGAGAGCAGCAGCAGCAGCGGUGGUGGCAGCAGUUCCUCCGGCUCGGGCAGCAGCAGCAGUGACUCGAGCUCUUCUGAUAGCAGUGAUUCUGAAUCAGAAACAUUUCCCAUAUUAACUGGAAUCAGACAGAGUGGUUCCCCUUCCAAAGAAAAAAUGAAGACUUUGUCUUCCUGUAGAAUAUUAAAUCAAGAUCUCUUAAUUCCUAAGAAACUCGAAGAACCUCAACAGUUACAGAUUUUGCAAAGUCUUCCACCAGCACAAAUUAGCAUUUCUCCAAGUCUUCCUGAAAUCAUUUCCUCAGUCGAUGUCACUUCUUUGUGGCAAAAUGCCCCGGAUAUGCUCACUUUCGAGGCCUUCACGCCCAUUCUCAGUGUUUCAGAGCAAACCUCAUUUAGUGGUGACGGAAAAAAUGAGUGCACAUCUAUAGUGAAUGCUGGAAAAUCAACCCUUCUUAUAACUACGAUGUGGGAAGGAAUCAACUCUAAAACUGUGAAAAAAGAGGAAAGUGCAUCAGAGCAGCCCGUUGCUGCCGCCUUCCACCAGACUGCUCUGGGCCUGAACGUGUUGGAGCCUGAGCUUCACCUGCCGACUAAGAAGGACAUAAAGAUCAAGAAUGUGGAUUCUUGGACAAAUUUAGGAAAAACAGUUACAACUUCAGUCUUAUCAAAAUCAUCGGAUGAUCUCUUCCGGCAGUUCAGGAAAGCAGCAAUGGAAAAGGAAGUGAAGACCCGAACCCAGGAGCAAAUAAGGAAGCAGCUGGGUCAAGAUCCAAAGGAACCAAAAACCCAUCCAGAUAAACACAGGCACUUUGACAACAAUCCAAAUAAAAUUCGAAACGAGUGUUAUCCUGAAGACCAAAAGCCACAUCCAGCACCCCUGGAAGUGCAAGACCCCAGGCUCAUCAAAGACCGUAACUUAGCGAGAAAGAAAGAGCAAGAGCGCAGGAGAAGGGAAGCAAUGGCGAGCACCAUUGAUAUGAAUCUGCAAAGUGACAUUAUGAUGACCUUUGAAGAAAACCUUGAUUAAGAUUGUCGCUCUGACUUUGUUGUUGGUUGGCUCAUUUAAAUUAGGUUCUGGGCUUAAACGGAGCACACUUUAACAUGAAAGCUCAAGCAGGGUGUGAAAGCAGGCCUUUUCCCACCAGUUGUCAGAGUUACAUUGGGUUCAUUCAUAGUGACUAAGAUUUUGAACUAUUUUCUUUUACCAUCUGGUUUCUUUUGUAUUUCCAAUAUUUUUUAUAUAUGCUCUAUUUACAAGGAAUUACAUGAUUUUGUAGUACUAAUUAAUUAGAUUAUGGGUGCUUACUCUGAGUAGUCUUGAUGAAGCCUAUAUAGAAAUAUUCCAGAACAAUUUAAAGGACUUACCCAAGUGUUUCUUCCUGUCUAAUUUUUACCUUUUUUAAAUCAAGCAUUUAUUUGCCUUCAAAAAUGAGCACUUAGCAGCUAAUGUAUGGUUCUUGACUUCCAUCAGUGGGUUUCCAUAAGGUAUUUGUAACUGUGAACGCUUCUAUGUUGAGCUUUGUGGUGGUAUUACUGCUUUAAACUUGAACAGAAUGCCUUGAUUUGAAAUCAUUUUUAAAUAAGUUGUAAAUGCCCAUUGUGAACUUAAUAGAACUCUGGGCCUGGAUCAGACAUGUAUUCCCAGCUUUGUAGUAAGACCACAUAGCUCGUUAAAAUUUAGCAUCUAGCAAACUAGAUUUUUUUUUUCCAGAUAGAAUUUUUUAAAGUUUGUUUUAUCCUAAUCAUCUUCUGAAAGUGAUUGGGAAUUCUAAGUAAGCCAGACUGGUUUUGGUCUUGCAUGAUAGUCUCGGAGAAGACCCACUAUUGCUAGUCCAGCAAACUUGGGCAAAGAUUCUGCCUCAAGAUUCAUCAGUCUGAAGUUUGGGUGACAGUCUCAUCUUUUGGUUAUCUACCGAGGUCAUACGUGAAAAGUGCCUUCCCACGCACAGUGCCUGGCACAUAGCAAGUGCUCCAUAAGUAUUAACUAUUGUCAUUAAUGUCAUCUAACAUUAAAAACUCAAAACACUCUAGAUUUAACCCUUGAACACCUUUAAGUUGAAUAACUUGAUACAUCCACAGGAUAGAAGCUGAAAUGGAAGGGUUAGAACCUUACAGCUUGGUUUUUUAACCUUCAUUAUAACUGCCAUCAUUUUGAACACAUUUUUUCAGGCUAGUUUUUCAGUUCCUAUUCAGUAAUUUAAUGAAUUAUGUUUUUAAAAAUUAAUUCUAUAAAAUUAACCUGUAGUCAAACAUGAAUCUAUAAACCCACAAGUAAGAGGAAUAAUAGUUAACCCACAGUUAACAGUGCUUCAUAAAUAACUUGGAGAAUUUAGCUUUUAUAAUGUUUACCAAUGUAUUUCUAUUGUGCAUAGCUUAAGUUAUCAAAGUUUAAAGUUGGAUAAAGACUUUAUGAGCCCUCUCUAUUUACUGCCAUUUCCUGAUAAUUAUUGAACAUGGAUACGUCUCUAUCCCUAACAGUCCACACUUGAGUACAUCAUGGGCGUCGGGGACGUUCUCGAGGCGGGCGCUCCUUCCCUCUCUCGAGCGUCCCUCGUCCUCGAGGACCCGCUACCUGCUUCUAAGCCUACCUGACGGCCCCCCUCACGAGGGCUCGUCGGCUCCGUCUGCCCUACCGGAGUUUAUACUGUUUUCGCAUAGCUUUCAAGAACCCCCGGCCACGGGCACGGUGCAGGCCUGCCCGCGGGGAGCGGCGAGGCUCGGAGGAGGGAUCUGUCGGCGCUACGGCGGUGUGCGUGUGCAGAGCGUCCGGUCGCCUCCCCAGCCUGCCUCGAGUGCUCUCCUCGAUAUGGAUGGCUGACCAUGUGAGUAAAGGCCUUCAUUGUCCGAGGCCCGUCGGCCCCUCGUCCUGGACAGCCAGGACAAUCCGUGUGGUCAUGCCCGUGGGCCGGCCUUUACCUUCGCCCCUGGGCAUGUCCUAAAAAGCUGUGCAGGAACGAUCAGUUUUCUGUUCACUUAAUUUUGAAAAUGGAUUCAAAGUUUUGGUUUUAAUGGAUAAUAAACAUUGAAAGAAA